AUGCUGGACAUGCACGGAUGCAACCUGUCGGGUUCCAUCCCUUCGACCAUCGGCCUUUUGAAAAAGCUCAACUUUUUUGCUGUCAACAGUAAUCAGCUCUCUGGCAGCAUCCCUAGACAGCUCUCUGGCAGCAUUCCCAGACAGGUAGGUACCAAACCACACCAUAACUUCACCAUCCCUCCCUCUUCCCCUCCCUCUUCCCCUCCCUCUUCCCCUCCCUCUUCCCCUCCCUCUUCCCCUCCCUCUUCCCUUCCCCCCUCUCCCCUCCCUCUUCCCCUCCCUCUUCCCCUCCCUCUUCCCCUCCCUCUUCCCCUCCCUCUUCCCCUCCCUCUUCCCCUCCCUCUUCCCCUCCCUCUUCCCCUCCCUCUUCCCCUCCCUCUUCCCUCCUCUUCCUUCCGCCUUCCUCCACCCCCCUCGACAGUAAAACAGCAAUACACCCCCCUCUCAUCUUCUCCUCCGCGCCCUCGUCCCCUCCUUGCGCAGGUGGCAAAUCUAACGCACCUCUGGUGCUUUGGCAUCACAGACAACACCACCUCAGAUACGAUUGUGCUUAGCUGCAUACUCCUUCCCCUCAUCUUCACCCCGCACCCCCUCGCCUCUUUCUUCUUGCACAGGUGGCAAAUCUAA